CUCAAUAAAAACAAAGAUUUUUUUAUAUAUUUUAGUGACAUUUGUCUGGUGACUCCAAAGGUUCUUGUUAACAAAGAAGAUCCGCUUUGAACUUGUCUAUGUUCGCGGAAAAGUAGAUUCUAUGAAAGCUGAUCUGAUGCUUCAAAUGCAAGUUCUAACCGUGACUACACUUACCUUCUAUCAUCGGCAAUAUAAUGUUGCAGGUGGGAACGAGGAGAAUAAUUGCCUUCAAGUAACAGAACAAAAGCCCUCCGAACAAUCCAAAGAUGCAGAGAGUAAGAGACUAAUUCGAUUCAAUUUUGUCACUCACAAUUGUUGAUUUUAUCUAACCAGCUGUGACUAAGGAGAUCUGUGAAACAAAGCUCGAAAGAUCAGAGUCAGACACUACUCAAUCUUGGGGACAAGAUAUUCAUAAUGGGGUAAAUGAGCACCCAAAAGUCGAAACGCCACUGAGUGGCUCUCUUGGGCUGGGUGGAUUUCUUAAAAGAACGAUUCCAACCAUAUUAGACUCCAAAAGCCUUCUCCUUCCCCUUCGCCUUCCCCUGCCCCUGCCCUGCCCCCUUCCCCUUAUAUACAGAUAAAAAUGUUGGUGAAAGAGAUUCAAUUAUCUCCAAUUGAGUUCAAACGCGACGAAUUGAAAAGGGCAACAAAAGGAUUUUCUAAACAGAUAGGCAAAGGUGGUUUUGGGAAUGUGUACUACGUAAGUUCCUUCUGAAAUCAAACUGUCAAUUAUAGUCUAGAAAUAACAAUGAUUAGUUAUCAAUUUGUGAAUAUAUUUUCUUCUGCUCUUUCGAAGGGAAUUCUUUCCGAUGGAAAACGAGUGGCAUAAAGGUGUUGAGCAAAGAAAGUCGUCAAGGCGAAAAACAGUGGAUGAACGAGCUGAGGACUCUAAGCGCCAUCGGAACAUCAUGGAGCUGGUGGGAUAUUGCAUUGAAGGCGGUAUGAUGUUAGUCUAUGAUUAUGUCCCACGAAACCUGUCAAACGUCAUUUUUGGUGAGCAGCCAGUGCAGUUCUUCGAUUGGCCAACAAGACAGAAGAUUAUAUUGGACAUAAUAAGGGGACUCGCAUAUCUUCAUGAGGGUGUACAAGUCUGCAUAUUGCAUAAUUACAUUAAACCCAAUAACUUUCUUCUAGAUGAGAACUUAAACGGCAAGAUAUGUGAUUUUGGUCUUGCUAGAAUACUGGAACCAGAUUGCGCCCAAUAUGUGAACAAGGAGCUUCCUACAAAUUACGAGAUGUUCUUAAGAGACGCAACUGAAUCUGAUACCACUACAUAUAGGACUGUGGCUGGAACACCGGGUUACCUGGAUCCUGAGUAUUUUAGAUCCGGUCGUGCGAGUGUGGAAUCCGACAUUUACAGCUUUGGAGUGACGCUGUUAAAUAUCGUAUCUGGCAAAAGAGCAACUGAAUACGUAGAUGUCCGGAUGCUCACCCAGCACGCGUGGAGGUUACAUGAAGAGGAUCGGAUUCAUGACCUAAUAGACCCUCGAUUACUCAAAAAUGAUGGUUUAAUUAAUUCAAGCAGCAUAUCAAGAACAAUAAUAACAGCUCUCUGGUGCACUCAUAAUGAAUGCAAGGCACGCCCAUCAGCAUCAGGAGUAUUAAUGAUGCUUUUAUCAGAAGAAAAAAUUUCACUUCGCACCCGGACAGUUGCAGAAAAAGUAGUUUCAGUACCCGAUUUGAAUUUCAACCAUAGUCAAGCAACAAUGCUGAAUGACAAGUAUUUGGAAUCAAGUUACGUAAGAGAUUCCAAUUCCCACCCAAGCAGAUAUCCGGAUUUGAGUUACGUGAGAGACUGGAGUUUUCACACAGAUAUGCUGAGUGGGGAGAGUAGUGAAUAUUGAAGAGCUAGACUCAGAAAAGCUUACCUACAUGUUUUUAUAAAAUCAGAAUAGUACUGUGUUUCAUUUCACUUUGGGUUUGAUUUGUAAUUUGGAAAUUUAAUGAAUGUAUUGUUGUAUAA